AUGCCUCUCAUUAACGAAUCCCACGACUCCCUGCCCUAUGUCGACAGCGCGCCCUCAGCGGCUGCUCGCGCCAGAGCCCAACAGCUCAUCGACGCCGAGGUGUCCCCAGAGCACUCAACAACUCUUCACCCUUCGAUCCCUGCCGCUCCAGAGCCCCAUUUCUCCUCUCUUAUCCAGCAAGAACUCGAGCGCAAGGCGGCAGGAACCCCAAUGGCAGGUGGAAUCGAUCUCACUCGCUACGAAGCCCCAGAACCACCAACGCGCGCAUCGGACGGCGAGACCCCUGAUCUGGACGAAUGGCGUCGAACACUACAAAAAGCAUACGUGUCGAGCUCCCAUCUAUCCAAGCGACAUGAGGAUCUGGGGUUGCUCGAAGAGCAUGGCAAGAAUGCAUGGUUGAUCGGCAACUCACAGCUGGAGGAGAUCCUUCGCAGCCUUGAGAAAGAUUUGGCCGACACCAAGGAUGCGGCGGAGCAGGUCAACAAGGAGCGGAAGAUGGCUCAGGAGUCGAGAUAUGGCGAAAUCACUGGUCUGGAGGAUACGUGGAAGCGCGGCGUGGGCGCGAUCCUGGAUGUGGAAUUGGCGUCUGAGGGUCUUCGCCAACAAAUUUUGGCGCACAGGCGCCAGGCUGCUCAGCAGCAGUCGCGCUAG